GCCAGGCCGUUCCGACAGGGAAAUUCACCCUCGCCGACAUGCGCGAAUACACCGCCGGAGCGUCUUGACGCGGUCUUCAACAUCUUAUCUCUGACUCUUUUCACCGGGGAGGAAAUGGAGCAAAUGACAGCCCGUUGGAGUACGUGAGUACCUGCAGGUGGGCUGUUGUUUAUCACCACACUCGCAGUGGAAGACCGUCCGCCAGAGAUGCGUGGGCACGGAUGCGAUGCGGAUCGUCGCUGUGCGCAGAACCUCAAAUGGAGGUUUUUCGGAUCAGAGGUUAUCUCGUCGCUGAUGACCCGCGCUGGAUUGGAGGCCCUUCUGCUAGAGAAUGAAUUUCAGGGAAUGGAAACCUCAGCCCGUGGUCUUUGUGCCUCCGGUUGAAGUGCAGGGGGAUGAUGAGCCGCAUUAUUAUAUCAUUGCUCGGCGAGUGACUGAUAAGAGCUAUGCCUAGAGAGAAAGCACUGAAUUAACGCAACGUUAUGUGAAGGGUUUCCUUGAUUUCAACG